AUCUGCCCCUCCCCCUACCCCUCCCCUUCCAACAAUCUCUACUUCCCUGCGUCCCACCCAAUCCCCUUCCAUCCCACCCUUCCUGUGCCGAUCACCGACGGAAGAUAGAGGAGCUGUCCCACCGCCAAUACCUCCCCACCGGCAACUUCCUCUGCCUCCAUCGGCCCCGAAGCUGCCUCCAAUCAAUAGGAUUCUUGGGUAACUUCGUGGCCAUGAACUGAAGAAAGGACGGGCGGCGACAUGUUGGAGGUGUCGGCCCCCACCGUUCCCGUGAAAUAUAAGCAGCGGAAGGUGUCUGCCAUCCGGCAAUGGCCCAAAGGAUGUGGCCCCCUUGCUGCUGUGGCGAAUGUGAAACCCAUCAAUGAGCAUCCGGCUUCUGUUGAAUUGGACCCCAAUGGGGUGUCAAAUUUCAAUAAGAGGCCUCGGCCUGAUGACGCCGUCGAGUUUCCGGCAGUUGGGGAGGAGGCAGCUUCUUUGGAGCGGGUGGAUGAAGUGGGAUCAUCGAUGAUUUCAAAGCAAGAGGUGUCGGAAUUGACCGGCUUGGCAGAAAUUUUGAGCCAUAACGAUGUGGAUUCAUUGAAAUGUUUGGAACAUCUUGGAGCUGAAACCAAGAAGGAAGAGAUGGGGGCAAAAAUUUUUCCUGAACCAGUUGGAAUUGUACAUACAAGAACAUAUCCUCCUCCAAAAAGGAGAAUGAUCUCUGCAGUCCGGGAUUUUCCUGUUGGUUGUGGUAGAAAUGCUUCUCUGAUGAGCAAGGAGUCCUUAGACAUUGUGGCCACAGGUCCUUGCAAAAACAAGAGUGUGGAUGAAAAGAGGAAAUGUUUGGUGAAUCAGCAACUGGUGACGGAAGGUCCAGCCAAGGUUGUGUCUGCUGAUGAAGUCAUUGAUAGUUUGGAGAAAAGAAAUGGUAAGAAGAAGAUUCAAGAGGGUGAUCAAGAAGCUCAAGCUGCACCUGCUAAAGGUAAUAUUUUGGACGGGGAGAAGCAGCAUGUGGUGAAGCAGCCAUUAGCAGUCAAAGUUCCAAACAUGGAUGCAUACACUGAUGAGGCUGUUGAUGGCACUGUGAAAGGGAAUGAUACAAAGAAGAUUCAACAAAGCAAUCAAGAAACUAGAAGUGAAGCCCAUGCUAAGCCUGCUUCUGCUUCAUCUAAGGGAAAGAGCUUGGAUUGGGUGAAGAUGCCUGUGGUGAAUCGCUCAUUGUCUGUCAAAGGCUUAGAUAAGGUUGUACCUACUAAAAAAGUUGAUAAUGAGCUAAGAAACCGUGAUUAUAAGCUAACCCAGGAGACAUUUAAAGAAACAAGUGACAAGUUUCAAGCUAAAACUGCCUUGAAGAGUUGCAUGAAAGAGGAUAUCCUGAAAGAACAUCAUGAGAGGAAAAAAUUAUCCGAAUCAGCAUAUGAGAGAAAGUCAGAAGGCUGCAGCCUGAAACUAGUCAACGAUAACCUUCAGAUUGCAGAAGCGCAAAAGAGAAAGCCAUCUAGUCUUGUUGAAAGGUCGCAGUUUGGAGGAGAUAGGAAAUCGGUGGGAAGAGCAAUAAAUAAGUUGUCUGCGAAGCUUCAGAAGGAUAAUAAGAAUAUUAUGAGAAAGUUUUCAGAGAAACAAGAGAAUGAAGACCGUGGUACAAGUGCUCAAAGUCAACAAUUUGAGGCAUUGGAAGCUCAUGGGGAUAGGUUAAUUGUGCAGUGUCUGUUGGCAGCUCAGAACUGUCCGUGGAGGCAUGGCAGAAAGUCUCAUGCAUCCCUUUCUGUUACACCUAGAGGCAAAGUGAAGAAAGAAGAAAAAAUGUUGAGUAAGAAAUCAACUUUGAAUGGACGAAAGGAUAAGGAAGAUUUAGUGCCUCGAAGCGAGGAAAAUGAGAAAGCCCUAAUCGUGUAUAGAAAACCUAAUGAAUUCAGUGUCACCGUUACUCCUGUAAUUCCUUCUAACUGGAAUAACAACAAUGCUGGUAGUGAGGACAUUACUGCUCGGAAUAAAGUUAAGAAAGCUCUGCGUUUGUUUCAACUGAUCUGCAGGAAGCUAUUGCAAAAUGAGGAAUCCAAGUCAAAGCAGAUAGGCAAGAUUAAACGGGUUGACCUGACGGCUGCCGGUAUUCUCAAGGAGAACAAAGAAUGGGUGAACACUGGCGAGCCAAUCUUAGGAAAUGUUCCUGGAGUUGAAGUUGGGGAUGAAUUCCACUAUAGGGUCGAGCUGUCAAUUGUUGGCAUCCACCGUCCAUUUCAAGGUGGCAUUGAUUCCAUGAAGUUAAAUGGUAAACCUGUGGCAACCAGUAUUGUGGCAUCUGGAGGUUACCCUGAUGACACAGACAGUUCAGAUGCAGAUAUCCUGAUAUAUUCUGGUGCAGGAGGAAACCCUGGAGGAGGAGACAAGCAAGCUGGAGAUCAGAAACUUGAACGCGGAAAUUUGGCAUUAAAAAACAGUAUAGACUCGAUGACUCCUGUGAGGGUCAUUUAUGGUUACAAAGAGUCAAAGGGAAGUGAUUCCUAUGAUGCAAAGUCAAAGAUAAUCUCAACCUUUACAUAUGAUGGGUUGUAUUUUGUGGAGAGAUAUUGGCAGGAGAGAGCGCCUCAUGGCUUUUUGGUUUUCAAGUUUCAAUUAAGAAGGAUGCCAAAUCAGCCAGUAGUUGGCCUGCAAGAAGUCAAAAGGUCAAUGAAGUCCAAAGUACGGGAAGGCCUAUGCUUACGUGAUGUAUCUGAUGCAAAGGAAAAGAUACCCAUUUGCGCAAUCAAUAUGAUUGAUGAUGAGAAACCACCACCUUUUAAGUAUAUAACCAAGACCAUAUACCCUUCAUGGUAUGUCAAGACUCCUCCCAAGGGUUGCGACUGCACAGGUGGCUGCUCAGAUUCUAACAAGUGUGCUUGUGCAGUUAAAAAUGGAGGUGAAAUUCCUUUUAACUUCAAUGGUGCUAUUGUGCAAGCAAAGCCCCUUGUUUAUGAGUGCGGUCCCUCAUGCAGAUGCCCUCCAUCAUGCCAUAACAGGGUCAGCCAGCAUGGCAUCAAUAUACAACUAGAGAUCUUCAAAACCGUAUCAAGGGGUUGGGGGGUGAGAUCGCUGAACUCCAUACCAUCAGGAAGCUUUAUAUGUGAGUAUGUAGGAGAGCUGCUUCAGGAUACAGAAGCUGAACAGAGAAACAAUGAUGAGUACCUGUUUGACAUAGGUCAUAACUAUGAUGAUCAGUCUCUGUGGGAAGGCCUCCCUACCCUUAUACCAGGCUUGCAGUCUAGUUCAAAUUGUGAGACAGUUGAGGAUGUAGGUUUCACCAUUGAUGCAGCUGAAUAUGGAAAUGUGGGAAGAUUUAUUAAUCACAGCUGUUCACCCAACCUUUAUGCACAAAAUGUUCUUUAUGACCAUGAUGACAAGAGAAUGCCACACAUAAUGUUCUUUGCUGCUGAUAAUAUUCCUCCAUUACAAGAGCUAACAUAUCACUAUAAUUAUAUGAUAGAUCAGGUUCGUGAUUCGGACGGCAACAUAAAGCAGAAAGAUUGUUACUGUGGUUCGGCUGAGUGCAGUGGCAGGCUCUAUUAAGAUUGACUUUCUUGUUCAAUAUUCCACUUGUUUCAUGGUGGAAUCAAGUUUCGUACAUUCUCUUAUGCAUUGCAAAUGGAUGUAAUCAUUCUGUGAUGGUUACUGGACUCCCAUCUUCAGCAAUGAAUGUGCUGGAACUGCUUUUGUUGUUGAUCUGGUCAUUUUGCAGGUGUUGCAGAUCUCAGCCUCUGAGAUGCCUACAGAAGGUACUGCAUUGAUGAGACUGAUGUCUAGUCAUGCUUUCUAUAUUGUUAGUCAGUUGUUCUUUCUACUUGUUGUACUGAGAUUAAAAAUGCUGAUUGUAAAUGAUACAUAUAUGUUGUCUUCUUGGCAUUAAUGCACCUCUGUGGACCUAUGGUAUUUUUAUCCA